AAUUGAAUGGAAGGGAAUCUGGUAAUGAAAGAUUCUGUAAAUUAUGUAGGGAUGGGAUGAGGGAUCUCCACAAAAUCAUGGAGGUUUCAAUUUGUGCUCUACUGUUAGUAUAGAGUCAGACUAGUACAGCAACUACAAAAACAGUCUCUCAUUUCUGAGAUCAAGAUUCUGGCAUUCAUGGCUACCCCAGGCCGGCCCAACAAUCUACCCACAAUAUCUUUCAUCAAAGCCUAUUAUAUUCCCCUUCUACUCCUCGCCACCUCUAUUUUCUUUCAGCUCGUUGUCUUGCCCCGCAGUUUUCCUCCAUCUCACUACGAUGUUUUGGGGAUUCCCAAGUAUAGCUCCAUUGAAGAAGUCACUCGGGCCUACGAGAAGAUCACCUCUAGAUGGAACUCAAGCGUAACAGUUCCUCCAGAAGUCGAUCUUAUCAAGGUUCAAUAUGCUUAUGAGCUACUUACAAAUCAGUUGUUGAAGAGAGACUACGACAUAUUUAAUAUCGAUGAAUAUAUUGAUGUUAUUCAAAAAGUCAAGGAACAUAAUUCUGGGAAACAUAUAUCUGAAAUCGACCUUCCACUGAUAGAGGCUGCUUCCUUUGAUCCUGUCGAUCAAGAUCUGGAGGUCAUCAAUUCCGAGAACUUCUUAUCCAUAUUUGAAGAUGACAAGCCGCUCCUCCUGCAGAUAAUUUCUACUGGAAGCAAGCGCUCCCUGGAGUUUUCUGCUGCUUGGAAGCGAAUUGUUAAUUUGCUGGAUGGAGUUGCAAAUACUGGAGUGGUUGAACUUGGUGAUGUUAAGCUCGCUGCAUAUCUAGCUGACAAAAAAUCCAGUGGUCAACCUUUCUUUAGAAAUGGAUUUCCAGCAAUUUUGGGUUUUGCACCUGGGUGUAAAAGUGCCAGCUGCCUUUACAGGUAUGAGGAUGAGCUCUCUGUUGAUGCAAUAACAAAUUGGUUGGCGACAAGCAUCCUAAAUUUACCUCGAAUUCCUUAUCACUCAAAGGAGUCACUGGUGCAGAAUUUUCUGGUUAAGAGUAAACCUCAUCAGGUUAAAGUGAUUCUGAUCUCAAAAACGGGUGAGCGUGCUACUCCAUUCAUUCGUCAAGCUGCUAGAACUUACUCAUCAUAUGCCACUUUCGCCUUUGCCAUGUGGAGACCAGAGGAAUCUGCUUUCUGGUGGAAUAUGUUUGGUGUGGAGUCUGCUCCUGCAAUUGUAUUUGUGAAAGAUCCAGGAGUCGAACCUGUGGUGUAUGAAGGAUAUGUCAACAGUUCGACAUUUAUAGAUCUCAUGGAGAAGAACAAAUAUCACGUGCUUCCCCAGUUGAGAAGUGUGACCUCGAUGGAGUUGGGUUGUGACGUUAAUGGCUAUUCACGUGCCGGAAAAGAUACCAAGAUAUGGUAUUGUGCCCUUGUUGCUGGACGACCAAGUCCAGAACUCAGUAAAAUGCGCGAAACCGUGCGCAAAGUGCAAGAGAAACUUUCGGAUACGACAGACACAGUUGAUCAAGAACCCAUAUCUGCUCCAGCUGCAUCAGCAAUCAAACAAAAGCGACUAACAUUUGCCUGGCUAGACGGGGAGGCCCAGCAUAGGUAUUGUUUCUUCAAUCUCCACUCGGAAGAUAGCUUUGAGACUUGUGGGCCUAGACGGGGCAUAGUAGAUGCAGCACGUCUGUUUAUAGUGCGUUUUGAGAGGUUCCCUAGGGUUGAAAAUUUAGAUACAAAGAAACAAGAAAACAUCUUACAUUCUUGGUAUCAGACUGAAGCUGAUCCGGUGUCGACACUAGUUGCCAAGUACAAUGGCUCAAGCGAAACUUCUGAGAUCAUAAGCUGGAUUUCUCAAACAAUUAAAGAUGGCGACUCCAGAGAGAUCCCUCCUUUUAGAACAAAAGCUCCGGAGCUGGUACCCGAGGAGGCUGAUCAGAGCUGGUCACAAAACUCCAAAAGGUUCGUCCCUUCAGGAGGCAGCAUCAAACACUGGACCAGUGGCUUCAUAACCCGUUUCUCUGAUCACCUUGGUGAUCCAAGAAUCGGACCAUGUCUGCUUUUGCUAGCUUUGAUGUCGUCUGGUUUCAUUUGGCUAAAUAAAAACCGAUCAACUCAAUCCAGCAGCCAGAAUGAGUCCAAUCAAACAAAGGAUGAGGACAAACCAAGGCGAAGGAGGGUUAAAAGAGGAAGUGGAUCGAAUCAGCUUUUCCCUCCCUCCAUCACCGAUCUCGAACCCAAAAAUGCACAGCAACUGCCAUUCACUGACUCUGAUUCUGAAUAGUAGGAUCCAACAAUCACCUUCAUGCAUAUUUUACACAAGAAACGCUGUUCAAGGACACGCUAACUGGCCUCACUUUUUUUGGGUAGUUAUAUUGCAAUGUUAGAUUAGGUAUAACAUAGUAGUAUUUUAAUUCUGGAGGAGGAAUUAUUUGGAUUUUAGAAAUGAGUUUUAAUGGACUAGUAUUGAGUGAAAUUUAUCAAAAUAAUCUGAAAAUAGGUGGCCCAAACUUGGUGAUUUGAAGCUA